GACAGUUAUCUCCAGAGCCCGAAUGGAUGAACAGGGAUAAACUAUUACGCCCUACUGAAAGACAAGACAAGAAAGAAAACAAUAAUCAAAUUCCUUGGACCAACAGAGAAAAGUUGCUUAAACCGGUUGAGAGUGUAAGCCCCAAGCAGAAUGAACAUCCUUACGCAAGGCAGUCAUUCAGAUCUCCCUCCUCUGAUGGAUGGAACAAAGAGCACCAAGGAGUGAAGGAGCCAUUGGCAGAACCCCUACGCAGAAACUCGCUGGGAUCCCAGCAUCAAUACACAAAGAGGACACCUGUGGCACAGAAGGAGGAGCUACAAUACAGGUCUUCAAACACCAGUGGAAGCCAGAAUCAGAAGACACAGCCCGGGUACAAGCUUUCAGCAGAGCCCCUUCCUGCGCAGGAACCACUAUAUAAUAGCAUAACAGGCUCCAGCUAUGAUUAUAUUUCAAAAAAUGACUGUGAUGGACUCAAGUAUAAGCCUGCAGGUCCACUGUCUAGCCAUACGCCAGAACCACAACCACAACAAUAUUCUGGUACGUACCUCAGCACUGAAUGGUCACAGUAUAAAACACAGACAGAGGAAGAAAUACCUUCUCCUAUACAUGUGCCCAAGGAGACAAUUCAUUUACGGACUGCAUCCCCUCAAGAAUCUGUAUAUAGGAAUUCCCAUAGACCUUACACAUCAUCAGGAGGAGCAACAUCUGACAUGGCAUACACAGGUUAUCUCAGGCCUCAAACUCCUCCAGUUGAAGCUAGUAGGAAUAACUCUUUGGAGGAUUAUAGACAGCCAUCAGAUUUAAUAAGGAAUUCUGCUGGUGGGCACAACUCACACAUGGAUCCCACUUAUGGUGUCUUCAAAGGGUCACAAAAGCCACACACUUCUGAAUCACACAAUAAAGACUAUUACGGAACAAUACAAAAUUCUGACUUACUUGGCUCUGACAGGUCAGUUUUGAAACAUUCUAAUGGUCCAUUGCACUCUGAGAAAUGGCAAGUUCAACAAGUAGCCACAGGAUACCACCUCAGUGAGGGACCACCAGCCCUAAGGCAGGUGCCUAAACACACAGAGUCCCGUGACAGUGACUUGUAUCUCAAUACAAGUGUGAAAGAUGGACAGGUAUUUAUCAUAUCGUGUUUGGAAUUGCAUGCGUGCAGUGUCUUUUUUUUUUAUUUUUAUGUAUUUUAUCUUAUUAUAUCUGUCUCCAAACAUGUAUGGUACAUUCCCUGCAACUGAACUACAGCUAACAAAAUGCACCAGUGUCACAACUGUAGGGCUUGGAGUUAAAAUCCUGAUAUUUGUCUAAAUGUUUUGCACCUUUUGUAACUUUUUAGGAUAUUUUCUGUUAUAUUUGUUCCCUAUUUUCACUUCUUACAUUUCUGGAGCCUCAUUUCUGCAGACUGAGAGGGUCAGGGUGAGAAGUCAGGAAAGGAGAGACAGGGCUUUGUAUCAUCUGUACUGGAAGGCUACUUCCAAGGUUGCCAAGGGCCUGUAUUUAUAAGGAGUGGUCUCAGAACAAGGCCUUGAGGUGCAGAGACAGUAGAUCAAAACUGGAAAGGGGAGAUUUGAGAACAAAGACACUGACACUGCAGUGAGACAGGUAGGGUGAAAAUCAGGAAGGGGGCUUUA